AGCUAUGAAUCGGAAGCUAACUUCAGCGUGGUGUUGCAGUAGGGUAAUAUUUGCAGGCGUACACUGCUAGUUUUCGAGCAAUAGAAAACAAACCAGCUUUGUACAGUUUACUAUGCUUUAUGUCACCUAACGUCAAACGUAUGAUAAUUAACGUUAUAGAAAACGUUAGUUCUAAUGAAAGAUGUUGGUAUAUUACUAGCGAUACAGUAGUGGUGUUGUCAUGUAGUAUUGCGUAAGCUAUCAUUAUCUCGGAAUAGCUUUAGAGUAUUUUUAGCUAAAUUGCUAAUGUUAGAAGCUAUCGGUUCUGCUAGCUGGCGUUCACCGCAUUAGCAUUGUGUAAUAGUCAGGCAACGCGUUGACAGGUCGCAAACCGCGACAUUAUAUUUGACAUCAAAUAUAUAACUUGGGCGCUCCUGACUAAUGUUAAAGUAGGUGAUUUUAGAUUAUACACGCGCAUGUGUUUGAAUACUCCGCUUAACGUUAGCGUGUAACGUUAGCUAGCUCACACUGUUAGGCAAAAAUCAUUUGGGCCAUUUCACAACGUCGGAAAAAAGGAUGUGACAACAAUGGGUAAAGGUCGUUGCCAGCCGGUGUUGCUGCUUUGGCAGUGAAGUCAUGCAUCACUUCAAGUGUCCCUCAUUCAAGAGAAUCCCGUCCACCUUACAGGGGUGAGAAAUUACCGUCAGUGAAAUAUUUGGACGUGGUUACCUACAAAAUGCCUGGAAUCGUGGUGUUUGGUCGACGGUGGGGGAUCGCCAGUGACGACCUUGUUUUCCCCGGCUGCUUUGAACUGUUCCUCCGUGUGCUGUGGUGGAUUGGCACCAUGAUCCUGUUCACUUACCACAAGGGUAAUUUUGAUUGUAAUGGGAGAGGAGUUCUGCACAGCUAUCUGAUUGGACUGUUGGUUGUGCUCGGGCUCAUCAUCCUCUCACUCUGUGCUAUUGUUUACGUCAGUGCCCAAGGGACUAUUACAAACCCCGGCCCACGGCGCUCCAUCCCUGCACUGGUGUACCUGCGUGCACUCCUGUACAUCCCUGAGCUGGCGUGGGCCUGCCUGGGAGCUGUCUGGGUGUCUGAUGACAGCCAAGGCUGCGGCCGUGCGACAGUAGGUGCUGUCAUCGCAGCAGUGAUCGCCAGCUGGAUCAUCCUGUUGUUCACUGCUUUGGGCGUGGUAUUUGUGUUUGACCCACUGGGCAACCGCCAUCCUCAGCCUGCUGCCAUGGAGCCACUGGGAGUCCGAGACAUGGAGAGCAGCGAGGGCUCCCAGUUCCUAUCCACAGCUCGCUCCCUGGCCGUCAAGGUGUGGGAGAACAGGCUGCGGCUGCUGUGCUGUUGUCUGCCGCAGGACGAAAGCCACCGAGCAGCAUUCUCCAGCAUUGCACAGCUCGUCAGCGGAUUCUUCUCUGACACAGACCUCGUACCCAGUGACAUAGCAGCUGGUUUGGCUCUGCUGCACCAGGAGCAGGAUAAGAUGGAGCAAAGCAGAGACCCAGAAGUCAUAGUCCCUCACAGCCCUUCCUCUCCCAUCGGAGAAGAUUUGGAGACGGAGUUGGAGAAAGCAGCUCACUGUAUGCGGUUCGCUGCAGCAGCGUAUGGCUGGCCCUUGUACAUUUACUCCAACCCCCUUACAGGGCCCUGCAAACUCAGUGGAGACUGCUGUAGGAGUCGUGCGGCCGAGUAUGACAUCGUCGGGGGAGACCACCUCGGCUGUCAUUUUUCAUCCAUCCUGCACAGCACUGGUUUGCAGUACAGAGACUUCAUCCACGUCAGCUUCCACAACCAGAUCUAUGAGAUCCCCUUCUUCGUGGCUCUGGAUCAUAAGAGGGAGGCUGUUCUGGUGGCUGUCAGAGGAACACUGUCACUGAGGGAUGUCCUGACAGACCUGUCUGCUGAAUGUGAGAACCUGGCUAUUGAAGGAGUGUCUGGAGCCUGCUAUGCUCACAAGGGCAUGUCCCAGGCGGCGGGCUAUAUCUACAAGAAGUUGGUUAAUGAUGGCAUCCUGAACCAGGCUUUCUCCAUCGCACCGGAGUAUAAACUGGUCAUCACUGGCCACAGUCUGGGUGCUGGCACAGCUUCACUGCUAGCUAUCCUCUUGCGCAAUUCCUUCCCCACCCUGCAGUGCUACUCAUUCUCUCCACCAGGGGGACUCCUGAGUAAAUCUUUAGCUGAUUACUCCAAGGACUUUGUGGUCUCGGUUGUGCUGGGAAAGGACCUGGUUCCCAGAUUGAGCAUUCCCAAUAUGGUGGAUCUGAAAAAACGGAUCCUUAAAAUAGUUUCCAACUGCAAUAAGCCUAAGUACCGCAUCCUGCUGCGAGGAUGUUGGUACGAGCUCUUCGGAGGAGACCCAGAUGACUUCCCUACUGAGAUGGACGACAGGAGGGAGGAGGAGCUCAGCCAGCCACUGUUGGGGGAGGAGUCAUUGAUGAUUCGCCACUCAUCAUCCUAUCAGAGCCUGGCGUCAGAUGACUCGCCUGCCCACACAGCUGCACACUUACCUCUCUUCCUGCCUGGACGCGUUCUGCAUAUCACAGAAGAUGGGCCGUCACGGAGAUCCUGUUUUUCCCAGGUCCGCUACCGUGCAGACUGGUCCAAUGAAAUGGCGUUCAGGAGUGUUUUGAUCAGUCCCAGGAUGCUUGCAGAUCACAUGCCCGACGCUGUACUCCGAGCACUCUGCAGUCUGACCAGUGACAAGCCCUUCUCUCUCUGCCCGUCGUCUGUGAACAGUAGCCAGCAAAAUAAUAUCUGAAAAGUACCGUAGAGACGGACUCCUGAUGUCUGUGCUCCCAGACUCUACAGUAUUUUAAGCCCACUUUUGUUUGUAUGUAAUGUAUUUGAUUUUUACCACGCCUGAUCCUGGAAUAUUUCAAAUACUUCAUGCCCUUCAUUUACAUCUUGUUUGCAGGCUUGAUCCUAAAGCCCCUUUUCUAACGGGAGACAUUUGGACACAGUGGAUUGUAAUGGAAGACAUGAAACCGUAGAGAUUUACCUGUUGUGAUCUACAUGAAUGAACCGGAUUCGUUAACCCGUUGGAGCACACAUACUUUGUUAUAAUUGCACUUUUAAUUAUUUAAUUCAAAUGAUUUGUUUAAUUUCAAUCUGAGUUACUCCAUGAGCAACUUUAUGCCAUGAUAUUUGAAUGUGCAUUGUGUACAAUAUUUGACAGCGCUGCAGUUUUUCUGUAAGGUCAAUGUUCUACAUUUUUUGUUUGUGUGAGUGCUGUGUGGCUGGUAGAGGCUGCCCACUGGUCACUGAAAGGGUCAGAUGUUGUCUUCCUUCUGUGUGGGGAGGGCUGAUCCAGGAUGUGAGGAUAGAGGGGCCUGAAGCAUUCUGUCUUGAUUGUAUAGUGACUGUGGUUAGUCGGUCUUGUGUUUUAAUGUCUUAAGACAUCAGGGUGAACAGUGCCUAUGCAUUACAGGAAAAACGAGUCAACAGAAUUGCUUUACAGUGAUGAGUGCAGUGUUUGGUGUUUACAGUAAGUUAUUGUUUUUCCUGCAUUUUCUACAAUGCAGGUUGAAUAGUGCAUGGUGUUUGGCAAAAAAAAAAGAUAGAUAUAAGGGGUAGAAAGAUUGUACUUAACACAUUUUAAGGAAACCUGUUUACUUGCCAUGGAUAUUAGGUCUCUUGUUUUUUUUCAGGUAAUGUAUAAUAUUAAAGUUUGAGUCAACUGAUGCCUAAAUAACUAUUUCACAUCAUCAACAGAAUGCAUUGGACUCAUUGAUGCAAAUAAAAGCUUUUGUGAAGUACA